UGGAGUCAUGGGAGUUUUCCUUUCUGGAGACACCUGGACGUUCUCCAGUGUCACCUGCUCUGGGUGACCCUGCCUGGACGAUCUCCAGGUCCGUUCCAACGCUGACCAUCCUGGCAUUGUGUGUCUCUCUCAGGUGCAGCCAUGGUGUCCAGAAAGCAGCUGGCAGACUUUGGCUACAAGGCCUUCUCGGGCUCCAUGAUGCUGCUGACGGUGUACGCCGGUUACCUGUGCAGUGUGCGUGUGCAGAGGAUGCUGCAGCAGCGCCGCCAGCGGGAGAGCACGCCUGGCCCUGAGAGCUGAGCCUGUCCUGGGGCUGGGGCUGAGCCUGAGCCUGUCCUGGGGCUGGGGCUGAGCCUGAGCCUGUCCUGG